UCCAGACUCAGCAUUCCCGAGCACGAAACGGAUCCUGUUGAGAUCAUCCACAUCAAUGAAGAGUGUGAGAAACUUUGUAUAAUGUGACUAUAAAAGAGAACUGCAGUCUGAUUUUAUACCAGAGAUCCUUCAUUGCCGAGGAGCCAUCAGAUCAGACAAUGCUUUUGAGAUCUUUAUCAGGAUUACUGCUGCUGUGCUGCACGCCGGUUUGCCUCCUUCCAGAGGCAGUGUGCACCAGUGCAGUACCCAGUGCCUCGAAAAGUCUGGUGUGGGGCCUCGGACUGGAAGCAAACGCCGUCCUCCCUGCUCGCUUCUUUUUCAUCCAGUCCGUGGACAAGGCCGGCAAAAAUUUGACAACCUCACCAGGAGCCAAUACAUUUGAGGUGAAGGUCACGUCGCCAUCAGAAGCGUUCUCCAGGAUCUGGGUGCAGGUUUUAGACCGUCAGGAUGGAUCCUUCCUGGUGCGUUACCGCAUGUACGCCAGUUACACGGAACUCAACGUUGAGAUCCUGCUGAAGAAUAAACAUGUGGCCAAGUCUCCGUACAUUCUUAAAGGUCCAGUGUACCAUGAAUCGUGUAACUGUCCAGAGCCCAGUGGUGCAUUGUGGAUGAAUCACAUGCAUUGUCCCUCAUCGUUUUCCCAGAUCCAGCACGAUCUGUCAAUCUUUCCUAAAGUGGACCUAGAACGCAAUGCCCAUGAAAUCCCUCAGCGCUUUGGCCAGAGACAGAGCCUGUGUCACUACACCAUUAAAAAUAACCAGGUGUAUAUCAAAACCUAUGGCGAGCAUGUUGGCUUCAGGAUCUUCAUGGAUGCCUUCCUCCUCUCGCUCACACGGAAAGUUAGGCUUCCAGAUGUUGAGUUCUUUGUGAACUUGGGUGACUGGCCCCUGGAGAAGAGACGGACCACUGACAAACUCCAUCCCAUCUUUUCUUGGUGUGGCUCCAAUGACACUCGAGAUAUCGUCAUGCCAACCUAUGACCUCACGGAGUCUGUACUGGAGACCAUGGGCAGAGUAAGUUUGGACAUGAUGUCAGUGCAGGCAAACACUGGUCCACCAUGGGCCGAGAAGAACAUGACAGCAUUCUGGAGGGGUCGUGACAGCAGGAGAGAGCGUCUGGAGCUGGUGAAACUGGCACGAGCCAACCCUGAGUUGCUGGAUGCUGCUUUCACCAACUUUUUCUUCUUUGAGCAUGUCGAGAGCCUUUACGGACCGCUCGUCAAACACGUUUCGUUUUUUGACUUCUUUAAGUACAAGUAUCAGAUAAACGUUGAUGGAACGGUUGCUGCAUAUCGAAUGCCAUACCUUCUGGCCGGAGACAGCGUAGUGUUGAAGCAGGACUCCACAUACUACGAGCACUUCUAUAGCCAGCUCCAGCCCUGGGUUCACUACAUUCCCAUCAAAGCAGACCUCAGUGACGUGUUGGAGAAGAUCCAGUGGGCUAAAGAGCAUGAUGAAGAGGCUAGGAAAAUCGCACAGGCUGGUCAACAGUUUGCACGGACGCACCUGAUGGCCGACAGUAUAUUCUGUUAUUACUACAAACUCUUCCAGGAGUACGAAAAGCUGCAGGUAACGGAGCCUAAAAUACGCGAUGGUAUGGAAUUGGUAGAGCAGCCCAAAGAUGACCUGUUUCCAUGCUACUGCCAUAGGACCAAGGUCAAGGAUGAGCUUUGAGUGUCCGCUUUCUAGGAUCAUGGAACAUCUUAUUAUUGUGUUUCAUUACAUUCAAAUUAUUUUCAGUGCUUCGUCUGUGUAUUUUCCACUGCCGUUAUUUAUACUGUAUUAUCUCUUUUUAAAAUCUUGAAAUUAAAUGUACUCAUUUGUAAAAAAAAAA